AGAAAAUCCUGACUCGAUACAGGCCAUGGCAGCGGAGUCCGAGAGGUCGCCUUACUCCAAUGGUGCCUCUGGUCAAUCCAGAGUGGCCCAAGAUGAUUCUGCAUCUCGGCGAUCCGCUAGUGAGAGUGACAUGAUGGAACUGCCACGCUCGACUGCCCUUAUUAAAUCCCAGGCUCCCAUAAUGUCCCAGUUGCCCAAAUUUCCGCCAUCUGCUUCUGGGAUCUCUGCCCCAGCCUCAACGACCUCCUCGACCAUCUCCUCCCGUGAAACAUCGCCUGUUCGUACCUCACUCCGUGCCACAAAUUCGAAUUCGACCCAUCGUGUCCCCUCCCGUUCUCGCAAAAGCAGUCACGAUUGCAGCCCACCUCGGUCUGUCCCUGCUCAGAAUCCUGGGUCAGGCACCGUUCCCUCUUCAACUGCCGUGCAAAGAGCGCUAUCUCAGCCUUGCAAGCCGCUUAUACUGAGCCCUCCGCCCGUUGAGGCGUCCCCCAAUGCCCCAAGUCCCGAGAAAUCCAAUAUGUUAUGGGCCGCGACACGGAGGCCGGAUCAGGACACCGCCCUCCCGAAUAUCUCGAGUAAACGAUCGUUGGUACCACCAACUGAGGAUCAUACAUCAAAGGGGGACCGGAGCACACCGCGUGCGGUGAACAGAGGCAUCAAUGGGUCCGGGUCCGCCCUCGAAACGGUUGAAGAAAUGACCAGCGAUCCAUCCACACCCUCUACCGAUACCGUUUUGAAUAAGCCUACAGUGGACGAGUCACGCUUGCAAAAGAUUGAUGAGGAUACGACGCCCCGGGCUUCGAAGAACAAUACCGAAAGUGGCAGCGAUAGUGGUGGGAACAAGAGUUCAGGCCCGGUGGAAAAGUCCCGCCGGCGUGCCUCGUCUCAGGGACACAAGAGGCCACAUUCUGUAGUACCGAAACGGUCUUCUACGUCUUUGAGUGGCGGCGGUGCCCGUGGGAAGCCUGCCGAUGGGUCUGUCCGAAACAUGAUUGUCGAGACCGAGACUGUGAGUUCAAUCCCUCAGGUCUCGUUGGGUGUGGCAACCGGUGAUCGAGGCAACACCGGUCGUGUCGAUGGUGGCACUCUUCGAAUGAAACCCAGCACCGAAACCAUUCGCCCGAAAAAGGAUAAGAAACGACCUCGCAAACCCGCUGCCCUGUCGAGUGGCACUGCUUCCUCCAAGGCGGACAUCUUCGAAGCCAAAGUUGCGAGUGCGGUCGACGAGGCCGAUGUGUCAGAUUCCGAUGAAACGUUUGUGUACGAAUCGAACCCGCCAGAUCCAUACCCUGUCCGGCAGCAACGGUAUCAUUCUCGAACACCCAGUGCCACGUCCAUGGCAAGCCAGGUUGAUCAGCUCGCUGGUCGGGUGCGUAAUCACAGUGUUACGGGUAAACGAAGCAUGAAAUUUACGAACAAUACCUACAAUAGCAGCGUGGAUGGCGACGCUGGAGAUGAAGCUGGCCGUGGUCCUUCGAGAGCCGACGGCACCGGUACACAGACCCCUCGCCAUCAUCAAUUUAAGCGAUACGGGCGCAACAACAUGUAUCCAUCACUGUUUGAUAACGAAUCACCAUUCCCGCAGCCCCAGCCGCACCUUAAAUCUCCUCGACAUUUCGUUGGGAACGGAUUCAGACAGCCCAGGCACAACGGCUCGUCUCGCACUCUCCCAAACUAUCGUACCAUCAGCAACUCUAAGAAGGCAGGCGAUGUGUACGGUUAUGAUUUCGAUGCAGAAGGCGCCGAUGAUGAACGAACACCCUUGGUUGUUGGUACGCCCCGCGUGACACGAAGCCGCCAUGGCGGCCGACGGCCCAACAGUGCGAGUUUACGGCAAAUGGAAUACAUGCAACAGCGCCAACGCAGCUAUUUUUCAAAAUACGGCGCUUGUCUCAUAAUUUGUCUCAUGCUUUUCCUCAUUAUUGGGGGCAUCACCUCAUUUGUCAUCGCCAUUACCAAACCGCUCAUCGACGUCCAGGUCCUCGACAUCCAAAAUGUGCUCGCCUCGGAACAGGAAAUCAUGCUCGAUUUGAAAGUUCAGGCAGUGAAUCCGAACCUUUUUCCUGUGGCAGUUGAUGAUAUGGACGUCAAUAUCUUUGCCAAGAGUCGUUUUGUGGGCACAGAAAGUUUGUGGCGUGACGGUGCCUACGAUUCGGAACAAUUUCCACGCGUGGAGCAUAGCAGGAAACGUGCCGAGAUGGCACAGGCUGUACGCUGCGUAGGGAGUACGGGAUGUCUUGCGGAUACGAAAUCAUCGGACCAGUCUUUGAAAAUCCGCAACGGAGGUGUUGACAAGGGCACUGAUCCCAUUCCGAACGACCCUACCGGCGAUCCACAAACAAUGCUGCUUGGCCGAGUGUUUCGUUUUGACUCGCCUCUUGCCUUUGAGCCUUCCCCGUGGAACCAUCUGACAUCCAACUCCAAGGGACAAAUACGUCUUUCUCGACCCGGAAACAAAACGGAAGAAGGUGGCACUGAACGGUGGGAGCGGGUUUUACAACAUCCUUUUGACUUGAUUGUCCGCGGAGUGAUCAAGUAUCAACUACCUUUGAGCUCCCGGUAUUAUUCUGCAUCUGUCAGCUCCAAAACCCAAGUCAUCCCAAAUGAUGAUGGCAAUAACGAUGAUGAUGGUAAUGAUCCAGAUGGUAAUCAUGAUCCAGACGGAACUCCUGGGAAGAAUGAUACCGCCAUAUCAAUGACAAUAGACCAAACCAGAGGCAUCUGGAAUGACUAG